UACUUUGAUCCCAUGUGGAUUAUAAUCUGAUGGACGGAGCGGAUUCCCCAAAGAGGUAGAGUGUUUUACGACUCUUGCCGAUUCCGAUCCACGUGCAUUUGCCUCCGCAGCUUCAAAAAGCAUCCGCUAUAUUCAUUGCAAGUAUCUCUCCCCCCCCCCUCCCUCUCUCAAACCCUAGCUUACUCUAUUUCCUGCCAUUAAUGGCAGUUUCCCCAAAACGAAAGCUGCCUCCAAAUCCCGAAACUGCAAGCAGAACGGUAUGGCUCUAUCUCACCCUCCUCACCAUCCAGUACGGCGUACAGCCUCUCAUCUCCAAGCGCUUCAUCAGGCGAGAAGUCAUUGUGACUUCAUCUGUUUUGGCAUGCGAGGUAGCAAAGGUUAUUUUUGCCCUUAUUCUCUUAGCAAAAGAGGGUAGUUUGGGGAGACUGUACAAAGAGUGGACAUUAGUUGGUUCUUUGACUGCAUCAGGUCUUCCAGCUGCUAUUUAUGCUCUGCAGAAUAGCUUGUUGCAGAUUUCAUACAAAAAUCUAGAUUCACUUACUUUCUCGAUGCUCAACCAGACAAAAUUGCUGUUCACAGCAUUUUUUACGUAUCUUAUGCUGGGGCAGAAGCAAUCAGUUAAACAAAUGGGGGCCCUAUUCUUACUAAUAAUUGCUGCCAUACUUCUAAGCUUUGGAGAAGGUUCUGGCAAGGGUUCUAGUGGCACCAACCCAGAUCAUGUUCUCUUUCAUGGAAUCAUUCCUGUUUUAGUUGCUUCUGUGCUCUCUGGUCUGGCUUCUUCUCUAUGUCAGUGGGCUUCUCAGGUGAAGAAACACAGCUCAUACUUAAUGACUGUGGAAAUGUCUAUAGUUGGAAGCCUGUGCUUAUUGGCAAGUAUGUCUAAGUCUCCUGAUGGAGAAGCCAUCAGACAGCAUGGGUUUUUUCAUGGUUGGACCGCAUUGACUGUGAUACCAGUUUUAAGCAAUUCUAUUGGUGGGAUUCUUGUUGGACUUGUCACAACCCAUGCUGGUGGUGUCCGGAAGGGUUUUGUUAUUGUUUCUGCAUUACUGGUAACUGCCUUGCUGCAAUUUGUUUUCGACGGCAGGCCGCCAUCUUUCUACUGUCUCUUGGCUCUGCCGCUUGUGGUUAGCAGCAUAUCCAUAUACCAGAAAUACCCUUACAGAGUUAAGAAUAAGGAAUCCUGAGUGGCCUAAACCUUCAGGGGAGAAUCUAUUUUGCUCUUGACCCCAUUCGAUAUUGUUUUUUCCUCCAUUAAGUAGCAUACUACUGAUUUGUAAUUGCAUGGGGUUGGAAGCUGUUGUUUGUAAUAUCAUGUUAUCACUUUUUAAUACAGCAAAAGAGAUUGCCUAAAGAUGAGGCAUAUCUCUCUCUCUCUC